AUGCUGCAGCGCGUCCGGAGCACCAGGUCCUUUCGCCUUUGGACCUGCUGCCUUCCUGUGUACCGUUCAUCGCCGGCAGCGCCCGUGACCCUGGGCCGCCGUCAUUUCAGUGGAAGGCUCGGCGAAGGCGAUGAGAUCCCGAAGCACAUUGCAUACGUGCCACAAUACUUCGACUUCAAGGCUUUUCGAAAAGCGCUGAGGGAGAAGAAGGACAGCCUUUCUGAAGCUGAGCUUCGGGAGGUCCGGAGGGAGUACGCGCUGCCUCCCCCAGAAGGAUGGACGAUCCUAGACUUCCUGGAACAGAUGAACUUCGGGGAUGGCGCGGAAGACGUGGCGAAUCUAUUUGAGCAGUGGAAGGACUUUAUUUCGAUGUCGGCUCGCGACAUACGUAGGAUCCCGGACAUCACCGCCGAGCAGCAGCGGCGUCUGGACAAGUACAUCACGCUCUACAACCAUGGCCUCUGGCCACGGGUGUCCGCCGAUGAGUUUCACCAGCGCUUCGCUGGCAAGCCAUUGGAGAAUGAGGGCAAGCCCUGGACGACGGAAGAUGAUGAGCUGCUGUUGCAGCUUGCCAGUCCUGGCGAGAGCGGUGGCUACGACGUGAGCUUCGGAGACCCGUGGAUUUACAUCUCUUGGGAGAUGCAGCGGAGAGAGGAGGAAGUUCAGCAACGCUAUAUCGACUUGGUCGUGCGGCCGAAGGAGAAGUCUGUGCGGCACGAGCUUGCCAUCACCAAGGCUUCCCGACCUCUGCACAUGCAUCGGAGAUUCCGGAUGAUCCCACCGGAUCUCUACAUCGUGCCCUCCCAGGACAACUUUCCUCUUGCCGAGCCGGCGUUCGAGCUGCCUGAGGCCUUCAAAAAGUAUCGUCAAGAUGACAUCUUUGUCAAGGCCUAG